AUGCAUUGUCAUCGUGUUUUGAGCAUCUGUCUUUGCGUCCUCUUCGGCAUUGCUGCAGACGCCGCUGUUCACCGCAGGCAAGAUGUUCUCACUACAUCAAGCCUACAAAAUGCACAGCCCACGAAGCAAACAACCGGUUCUAUUUCAACAGCAACAGGCCCUUCAGAUACAGAUUCGCCAAAUGUUUCUGUGACGGCGUCGACGACAAUGAUAGAUAUCCAUACUGAUAUAUCGAAUCCUCAGCCAACAUUGGAGCCCACGCUACCGAACACAGUCAAUGGAACCUUGGAUGUCAAUGCCCUACCUAUUCAGCCUACAAUCACACCAUCAAUAGGCAUCACCGGAGUGGUUUUGAUGAUAACAGGGCUGGCGUAUAAUAUCAUUGGGAUCAAGAAUCAGUGGCUUCACGUCUUUUUAUCCACUGCUUUUCUUUCGAGUCUUUCAGUUACUGUCCUGAUAGAAUACGUCAUGAGUCCUCCGGUUUCGAAUGCUAUACAAGGAGCAUAUUUUGUUGCUGCUUUUCUGACCGGCCUUAUUUUCGGCGCAUUAUCUCUCAUUUUCAAGGAGUUGACAGAGGGUCUUGGCUGUUUAUUAGGCGGAUUCUGCGUUAGCAUGUGGCUCCUUUCGCUGAAAAGGGGAGGGCUUUUGGCCGAUUCCGAUACCAGAGGAGCCUUUAUUGGUGCUUUCUGUGUCGCUUUUUAUGCUCUAUCAUUCAGUUCUUACACCAGGCCUUAUGGACUGAUAGUCUCGACUGCAUUUGCCGGUAGCAGCAUCGCAGUGCUGGGAAUCGAUUGUUUCAGUCGAGCAGGAUGGAAGGAGUUUUGGCUGUAUAUCUGGGGACUGAAUGAUAACCUUUUCCCGUUCGGUACAUCGACCUACCCCGUGACUCGAGGUAUUCGCGUUGAAUUGGCAGUCACUGUUGUUGUCUGUUUGCUUGGAUUACUAUCCCAAUUCAAGCUCUGGAAACUGAUCAGGGAGAGACGAAAUAAACAAGAAGAGGCGUUAGCGGAAGAAAGGAGAAAGAAAGAUGAAGCUGAGGUCGAAUUGGGCCGGGCAAUCGAGGAGAAGAAAGAGAACGAUUUGGUCCGUUGGGAAGCAAUAUAUGGCGAUAAAGGCAAUCCUACGACAACUCAAACACCUGCUGUAGAGACUCAACCCCAAACAGCGCCAGUGGAAUUGGUGGAAGCCCCUGAUAACUCGGUGGAAAUGGUUGACCUUCCUGCUACGCCUCUUGACAUGACAGAGAACCACGGUAUAGCCCAGGAGGAUAACCAGAAGAGCGAUGAUGCCGAAAAGGAGGCUACUGCUGAGCAAGACAAAGUCGAAGCAUCACAAAAUCCUGAUGCAGAUAGUACCUGUGCGAAUGAUGAACCCAAAGCGAAAAACCAAGACGAGACAGCAGUUUUAUCGGCGCCACAUCCUCCGCCUGUGACCCCUCUUCCUUUCCGAGUCCCAAAUCCUGGAAGUAGACCUGUUACUGGCGAUGGUGAUGCACAUUCCAUUCAAGUUAUCAUUGACGAUAUUGAUACGGCUUCUAGCGCAAACAAGAGAAGGAGUCGUUUGCAAUCAGACUCGGAUGAGAUGCUUAUUCCUAUUCCUCCGGCAAGCUCGACAUACUCGGAUAAGACAAUCGAAGAUAGUGAGGAUGGCUCGGAUUUGGGAGAUGCCCAAAGCGUGGAUAUUGACGAUUUGGAAUUGCCUGACACCGACCGGUUAGACAACGAAAGUAACGACAAGACGUUGCAGGACGCUGCAUGCUCAACAGAAACAGCUGUUAUAAAUCCACCCCCGCCUGUUACUGAAGAAGCUACAAAUCCGUUGGACGCCAAGUCUAGUGUAGGUCGACUUGAUGACCAAACAGAGAAGGUUCCAUCAACGAAAGACACAGCAUCGACUAAUGGUACAGAAGACACCGGUUUAGGGAUAGUGACCGAUAAACGUCGACAUACUGUUGACGGCGCCACCUGUAUUCUUUCAAAAUUCGAAGCUCCAUCUCUGGUUCAAAUGACAGAUUCUACUUCAAAGCCCACACAAGCCAAUACAAAGGAGGAGAAAGCCGAAAUUCUUGUUGCUCCUUUGUCCAUUCCGAAAUCAAAAUCCAGCUCGGGUAAAAAGGAGGAUCUCACAUCCGAUAUUGUCAAGAAAAUCCCCAGCCACGUCUCCCCCGUUGUCAUGUCUUACCGCACAAAUGAAUGGGCGAAACAUUUGUCUCAUGCGGAUGCUCCUGUMCCCGAGCCACUCGAAAAUCUCGCGGAUACAGAGCGUCCAAUCUCGCCGGAACUAAUAGAAGUAGCUGCGCCGUUGAACGUGGAGCAACUGAAACAAACAGCACUGACCGCUUCGCCGCCACCUUUGAUUGAGGCAAGUGCAUUGCCUCCUCCGGAGGAAGUCGUAUAUAACACGGCCGAACGAUCAACAUCAAGCAUCUCCGGACAGUCAGCUCGUGUCGUCAGUCCAAGGCAAUCAAUCUACGAGCAGCCGAUAAAUGUGAAGACACCACCAACUACAUUUUCCCCUGAAGUGGUUACCUCAGAAUCGACCCUAACUCUGCCUAUUGCGAAUCGUUCGCCUGCAAGAAUUAUACCAAAUGGCCUGCGCAGUGUUUCGAGUCCAUUGCUAAGCACAGUGGCAGCGCAAUCUUCACUUCAGAAUCCAGCUCGAAACUCUACUCAUGGUCAAGGUACGGAAGGGGAACCAUAUUCUUUGAUGGCGCAACGGGAGAGACUAAUCCAGGCACGCCUUUCGUCGGUGUCAUUGACGCAAGACGCCUGGGCCCCACGAAACAAGUCGAGACAGUCGCUAGAGGAAGGCUAUCGAUCACGCCCUGACAGUCAAUUGAGCAUGGUUGAAGAGGACGAUAUGCCUUUGACACACCGACGUGCCCUACUGCAGCAAAGAGCCAUAUCGCCUAUCUCGCCUAUCUCGCCUAUUCUGGGUAUGGAUACAGAUGUACGAAGAUCACCAGUCGAUAUACCCCCUUUAAUUGGCGCUCGACUGUCACGAGAAUCACGAGAGCUCAGCAAACCCAAGGUAUCCACCAUGGCUGCAUGGCGGGAAUCGCUUCAAGAAGACUUAUCCAAGCACAAGCCGUUAUUGGAUGUUGACCAUGCUCAAACCGAAUUGAUGGAACAGCAGCGAAAAGCGCAAAUAGCAAGACAUCAACGUCUACAAGCGUCCGAGAAUCUGCAUAAUUCGAUCGCUGAGCGGAUGCGCCGGGGGGAUAUGCAGGAUCUUCAUCGUGAAGCGAUGCGGCGGAUGCAGGCUGCAGCAAAUCGGAAAGUAAAUAAAUAG